GGGGGAGGAAAACUCACAUCCCACUCCAGUCAGUUUGGUAGCGGCUCUUCGUUCGUUCAUACAGCUCGUGCUUGCAGACCGAGGUGAGUGUUUGCGCACGAUGUUCGCACAGGAUUGACAAACCACACUUCUGCUCCCAAAGCGACGUGCGUGAGGCAGUCAUGAGGUUUACCUGAGCCGGGCAUGUAGUGAGCCGGGUUCCUGGGCGUGGGAAGCAAAGAAACAAAGAGCAAAGUGCAAGGGCGUUCAUCUGGCCCUGAGCAGGCAUGAUGGGGCAGUGGUGGGCAGGCCUGUUUGCUCUUUACAUUCUUGCAACAUCAUUCCUCUCCACUUCACGAGCCAAAAAUAAAGACUUUCUCUCAACUACUCUGAUCAACAAUGUGGUAGCAGAUCCCAGGACAGGACGCCUAUACGUGGGGGCCGUGAAUGCCCUUUAUCAGUUGAACUCUAACCUAGAAGUGGAGUCCCAGGCUGAGACUGGACCCAAGCGGGACAAUCGGCAGUGCACUCCUCCAGUCACUGAUGCCUGUGAGGAGGCAGUGGACACAGACAACCACAACAAGCUACUGCUGGUGCACAGCGACAACAACGCCAAUGACCUGGUGGUGUGUGGCAGUGUGUUUAGGGGCAUCUGCUCUCUGAGGAACCUGAGCCACGUGGAGCAGCGGCUGUACUUCAGUGAUACUAAAGGAGAAAAGUCCUAUGUGGCCAGUGCAGAGGAGAGUGUGUCUGUUGUGGCCGUCAUGUCAUAUUUUAAGAAAGAUGGAAAAAGCUUACCUGUUUUCUUGGUGGGCAAGGGCUACGGCAGUCAUGACAGUACCAAGCUGAUCUCCACACGUAUUCUGCAGGACUAUGGAGACUGGGUGGUUUUUGACAGUAUUAUUGAAGCCUCAGCAGUGCAGGCUAACCCCUUUGUUCUGCGCUACCUCCACGACUUUCGUUUUGCCUUCAAAGAUGGUGACUUUGUCUACUUCCUGUUCUCUCGGACGCUGGGCGUCCAGGACACAAAGAACUUCACAUUUAUCUCCAGAAUGUGUGUGGAGGAUGAGGCAUACUACUCCUACACUGAGCUUCAGCUCAACUGCAGCAUAUCAAACAAGUACAACAAAAUCCAGGCUGCCUAUGUGUCCACACCAGGAGAGGUCCUAGCACAAAAUAUGACCAAAUCCAACCAGUAUGGGCAAGUUUUUGCAUCAGACAAGGUGUUGUUUGUUACAUUCACUUCAGAUGAAGAUUCACAUUACUCUGCCAUGUGUAUGUAUCCCUUGCGCUCUGUUAAUAAUCGGUUGGUGGAGAUCAUUGAUGCUUGCUAUAGCUUGGGUGGUAUCAUCAAAAACAAGCCUGCAGUCUACUCUCCUUACUCUUCUAAGUCAGAUGAAUUGUGCCUUAGCAAUAACCAGAAUAACCUGGCUCUUACAUACAAGUGUGGAGCUGAGUUUCUGCCUUCACCCCUGGCCAGUAAGGCUGAGUUUGCCUUAAGAUCUGAGCCUGCAUUUACCCGAAAAGGCCACAUGACAGCAGUGGCAGUAGCAGUUGAAAUGGGACAUGCUGUGGCAUUCCUGGGCACCUCUACUGGAGAGGUUCUGAAGGUGCACCUCUCGGCCCACUCAGAGGGGAAUGUACAAACACUGGCUGAAGCCACUGGUGAUAAGGUCAACAAGGACCUGCUUUUUGACUCCAGCCUUGAGCACCUGUACAUUACCACAGAAAAGAAGAUCACUAAAGUUCCUGUUCAGGCGUGUCAUUUGAAGACAGAUUGUCAGUCCUGUAUCUCUUUGAAGGAUCCGUACUGUGGAUGGUGUGUCCUUGAGGGAAAGUGCACCCGUAAGCAGGAGUGUAGUAGAUCUAUGGAUGAAAACACCUGGCUGUGGUCUCCUAAUCAGCAGUGUGUCCAGAUCAAGGCCUUCUCUCCCCCAAACAUCAGCUGCAGGAAGACCCAGCAGGUGGACAUAAUUAUCCCCUCCCUGCCACGGCUGAGGUCCAAUGACACUCUGCAGUGUGUCUUUGAUACCUACACCAGUGAAGCAGCAAUGGACAGUUAUAGUAAAGUUGUCACCUGCUCAUUGCCUGAGCCGGUCAAUAUCCCACCUUCUCCAGGACUGCAAGAUUAUGUGUCUGUUCCUGUGAAGGUCAUGGUAAACAAACAUAUAGAGGUGACAUCGAGCCAAUACCACUUUUACAACUGUGCUGCAACCGUCAGAAAGAACCCGAAUACACCGUGCAUCUCAUGUGUGACCAGUGACUGGGGCUGUCAGUGGAAUGCCCAGGAGCACAGCUGCAGUGACCAGGAUGACUCUGUGUAUGGGAGCCACAUAAUCAAGCCACAACAGCCAGACAGCUGCCCUCAGUUCGAGUCCCCAGAGCCUCUGCUUAUUCCUGUUGGCUUCGAAAUCCCCAUCAGUUUCCACGGCCGAAAUCUGGGAUACUCUGUUCAGAGGUUUUCCAUUGGAACAGAACUAAUGAAGAAUACAGAACACACAGUUAUUCAAGAGGAGGGCUCCAAAUUCAAGUUCAGAGGAUACAAGUUUGCCUAUGACAAACAGCAAGAAACAAAUGUUACAUUCCACAUCAAAGACCAAAACACAGAGAGGAAGAUUGACAGUACUCUGACAGUGGUACUGUAUAACUGCUCAGUGGGCAGGGAGGACUGCAGUCUUUGUAAACAUGCUGACUCUAAAUACCAGUGUGUUUGGUGUGCCUCCACUCACACCUGUGUUUACCACGACCUGUGCCUGUCUCCGGAGCCGGAGCUGUGCCCCAACCCCGAAAUCACUGACAUCAUCCCUCGUUAUGGCCCACUCAAUGGCCAUAUCUCAGUCACCAUCAAAGGUUCUAACAUGGGCAUUAAGAAAGAGGACAUCAAGAAGAUUACUGUUGCUGGAGUUGACUGUGUGCACCAGGAAGACAGAUAUUCUGUCUCCACAAGUGUGGUGUGUGAAAUUGGCCCUGCAAAGCGAACGCCUCCAUCUGACAUCCCGUUCCCACCGCGAAACCAAGGCACUGUGAACAUAGAAGUGGAGGGGGGUAGAAGUGGAACAUCACAGGUCAUUUUCACUUACCGGGACCCCAAACCACAGUAUGUGAUGCCAGCCAAGGGUCCAGCAGCCGGAGGAACAGUCAUCACCAUUGAAGGGGAAUACCUGGACACAGCAACUAAAGAAGAUGUGGCGGUCAACAUUGGAGGAGUACCAUGUGAAGUGCUGUCAUUUGGUAAAAAGAUCACAUGUAAGACAGGCCAAUACCGUGGACAGAAGGUCCCCUCUGACCUCCUGACUGUGACUGUGAACUAUGGAAAAAACACUACGAAAGAUGUCCUGGCUGCAUACCAGUACUCUGAGAACCCCAAGAUCACAGGCUACAACCCCAAGGCCAGCUUUGUGUGUGGUGGCCGUGGUAUUGUUGUGACCGGAAGUGGAUUUGACUUGAUUCAGAGAGCCGCAAUGAAAGUGUUGCAGGACGCCACACCUGUUGAGGGUAAAUAA